AUGUCUGCCGUGCCUAACCUCCCCGAAGAUCUGCGACAUGACCGCGUGAAUGCCACGACGAAUGGAUUUGUCGGUUCUUCUCCCUUUGCGCUGCGCGAUGCGCCGAUAGAAAAUACUCGCCCAUUGAAGGUCAUCGUGAUUGGCGCAGGAUACUCUGGUAUAUACUGCGGGAUUAGGAUACCCGAGAAGCUCAGAAACGUCGAGCUGGUGAUAUACGAGAAGAAUGCUGGAUAUUCGUUCGAACCAAACUACAACUGGUCAUCGCUGUAUGCACCUGCGAGAGAGAUCCAAGCAUAUCUCGAGGGCGUCUCCAAGAAGUACUCCGCAGAUCGAUUCAUCAAGUUGAGCCACGAAAUCACCGACUGUCGAUGGGACGAGGCGAGCGCAAAGUGGCACGUCAAGGUCAAGAACCUCCAAACCGGAGAGACCAUGGAUGAUACGGCUCAUGUAUUAAUCUGCGCCAGAGGGAACCUGAACAAUCCUGCCUGGCCCGAGAUCGAAGGGUUGGAGACGUUCAAGGGGGAGUUGAUGCAUUCGGCGAGGUGGAACGAGAAAUACGAUUUCAGCAACAAACGCAUCGGUGUCAUAGGCUCCGGCUCAUCUGCCAUACAGAUUGUUCCAUCGCUGCAACGGCUCCCCGGCACUCACAUCACGACAUUCGCACGAAGCAAGACAUGGAUAUCGCCGCCUUUUGGUUCGCAUCUCUGGGAGAAGCACGGGUUCGAAGGAUUCGACAUACCACAGGCCAUGCGGGAGAAGUUCGCGUCCGACCCAGAGUACUACCACAAAUUCCGCCUGGCGGUCGAGGAAGACGGGAACGGCAUCCACGGCGUGACGAUCCGAGGCACGCCCUUGAAUCUCGGCGGGAAGCAGAUGUUCAGGGAGCACAUGAAGAAGCACCUCGCGACGAAACCUCACAUCUUCGAAGCGCUCGUCCCGUCGUUCUCCCCCGGCUGCAGGAGAUUGACGCCAGGACCCGGAUAUCUGGAGGCGCUUACGCAGCCCAACGUCGCGUUCGUCACUUCGAAAAUAACGAGCAUCUCGGAAUCGGCCCUCCACACCGAUGACGGCGAGACCCACGAAGUCGAUGCCCUCGUGUGCGCGACGGGCUUCCAUUCCUCCGCGCCCCCGCCGUUCGAAGUCACGGGCAUCGACGGCCUUUCCAUGCGCAGGAAAUGGGACGACCGCGCGACGACGUAUCUCUCGCACAGCUUAGCCGGGUUCCCCAACAUGUUCACGAUGCUGGGCCCCAACGCAGCGAUCGGGUCCGGCUCGCUGACGAUGAUGAUCGAAUGCGUCGGCGACUACAUCGUCAAGGCCGUUCGGAAGAUCCAGAAAGAGAAUAUCGCGUCCAUGGUCGUGAAGCAGGACCGUGAGGACGACUUCACAGAGUACGUCGAUGCGUAUUUUGCCAAGACGGUCUUCGCGGAGGAGUGCAACAGUUGGUACAAGAGCAAGAAGACCGGAGCCGUGGUGGGGCUCUGGCCGGGGAGCACGCAGCACCAGAUCGAGUGUAUGAGGAGUCCGAGGUGGGAGGACUUCGAUUAUGUCUAUAGAGAUGCUGAUGGGACUGUUGCGGGCGGGGGAAAGGGACGCGUCAACCAAUUGUCGUUUUUGGGCAACGGGUGGAGCGUCAACCAGCUCGAAGAGAGAGACCUGGCGUGGUAUCUGUAUCCGGAAUUCUUGGACGGACUGAAGCCAAGUGCGCCGCUCCCCGAGAAGAAGAGGGUGUAUAAUGUUCGUUGUUUUUCUCACUAG